UGCAGCAACAAUCUGAGUGAGGCUCCAUCUCUAGCCACACCAUUUGACAACCGGCCCCAGAAGGUAACUGGAAGUCAUCAUGACAAUUCCUACACUGUAAAAAGAAACUGCAAGCAAGGCAGUUAAGAUACAGUCUUGCACGGUGAGCGUUAAGUCAGAGAACUGGGCGGCGAACGAGGCGGAGGCGGGGGAAGCGAAAGCCUGGUGUGGCUGCGGCUCUGGGGCCACCCAGCGACCGCCUCUGGGUGCAGGCCCCAGCUCCCCUCUGACCAGAUAGCGGCCGGGAAACAAUGGUCCUCUAUCCACUCCACCGACGCCAGGAUGUCCCCUCCGUGCCCGACCCUGGAGUACAAACAGUGAUAUGGGAAGCCGGUAAGAAACGCGCUGGUUAACAUCAUCACGGAGGGAGACGCUGGUAGACGAAUGGUGUGGCUCCCCACGCGGUCGGAGCCUGCAGUAUCCUGUCAAACUCUGGGUCAGAGCGCCAAGUUGCAAGGAGGCGGCGCUAAAGGGGCUCUCUAGUCAGGAGCCUGCCGCGACCUGAGAGACCGUGGGUCGACCCCAGUCCGGAAGUGACGCAACGGCGCCAAGCACUUCCGGAGCUGCGAAGACCGCUCCUGGGGAGGAAGCAGCGCGGGCUUGACCGGCGUCGGCCUGCCGUUUCUGCUGCCGCUGUGCCUCAAUCCGAUCCCUCUGGCCCGGCCUGACCCGGUCUGGCUUGCCCAGGCUCAGCGGCCGGGGGGCCGCAGCUCCCGAUGGAAAUCAUAUUACAUAGACUAUUUGGGUGACAUAUGCCUGAGAGAUCUCCCAAGAAUUACAGAAGACAAAAAUACUAAUGCAUUUGAGAAAGCGGUAGUUUUGGGGGGAGGGGGAAAAAGCAACUGCUUUCCUGAUCUGCAAGUUGGCUGGAUGCUAAGAUGUCCGUGGACAUGAAUAGCCAGGGGUCUGACAGCAAUGAAGAGGACUAUGACCCAAAUUGUGAGGAAGAGGAAGAAGAGGACGAAGACCCUGGGGACAUAGAGGACUAUUACGUGGGAGUGGCCAGCGAUGUGGAACAGCAGGGGGCUGAUGCCUUUGAUCCCGAGGAGUACCAGUUCACUUGCUUGACCUACAAGGAAUCUGAGGGUGCCCUCAAUGAGCACAUGACCAGCUUAGCCUCUGUUCUAAAGGUAUCUCAUUCAGUUGCUAAACUUAUAUUAGUUAAUUUCCACUGGCAAGUUUCAGAGAUAUUGGACAGAUACAAGUCCAAUUCUGCUCAACUGCUCGUUGAGGCCCGAGUUCAGCCUAAUCCAUCAAAACAAGUUUCCACAUCCCAUCCCCCUCACCACUGUGCAGUGUGUAUGCAGUUUGUGCGAAAGGAAAACCUACUCUCUCUGGCCUGUCAGCACCAGUUUUGCCGAAGCUGCUGGGAACAGCACUGCUCAGUUCUUGUCAAGGAUGGCGUGGGCGUGGGAGUCUCUUGUAUGGCCCAGGACUGUCCGCUCCGUACACCAGAGGACUUUGUGUUUCCAUUGCUUCCCAAUGAAGAAUUGAGAGAGAAAUACAGGCGCUACCUCUUCAGGGACUAUGUGGAGAGUCAUUACCAACUCCAGCUGUGCCCUGGUGCAGACUGCCCCAUGGUUAUUCGGGUACAGGAGCCUAGAGCUCGCCGAGUCCAGUGUAAUCGGUGCAACGAGGUCUUCUGUUUCAAGUGUCGUCAGAUGUAUCAUGCACCCACAGACUGCGCCACUAUCCGGAAAUGGCUCACGAAGUGUGCAGACGACUCUGAAACAGCCAACUACAUUAGUGCUCACACUAAAGACUGUCCCAAGUGCAACAUCUGCAUUGAGAAGAAUGGAGGCUGCAAUCAUAUGCAAUGCUCCAAAUGUAAACACGGUGAGUUCCAAGCUUGGUAUGUAAGGCCCAGUGGCAUUUUCUUGUGCUUGGGUCUUCGUUACUAUUUAAAAUAUGUCAGGAUGUGUAUAGGNNNUUGGAAGACUCAUGGCAGUGAAUACUAUGAGUGCAGUCGUUACAAGGAGAAUCCUGACAUUGUGAACCAGAGCCAACAAGCCCAGGCAAGGGAAGCCCUCAAGAAGUACUUAUUCUACUUUGAGAGGUGGGAAAACCACAACAAAAGCUUGCAGCUAGAGGCACAGACAUACCAGCGGAUUCACGAGAAGAUUCAGGAGAGGGUCAUGAACAAUCUGGGGACAUGGAUCGACUGGCAGUACCUACAGAAUGCUGCCAAGCUCUUGGCCAAGUGUCGAUACACCCUGCAAUACACUUACCCGUAUGCAUAUUACAUGGAGUCUGGACCCAGGAAGAAGCUGUUUGAAUACCAGCAGGCUCAGCUGGAGGCUGAGAUUGAAAACCUCUCAUGGAAAGUGGAACGGGCGGACAGCUAUGACAGAGGGGACUUGGAGAACCAGAUGCAUAUAGCAGAGCAGCGGAGGAGAACCCUGCUGAAGGAUUUCCAUGACACCUAAGUUGGGAUGUGGAUGUGCUGGGGUGAGGAAGAUGUGGCUGCAAGGUCUCCCAGCUGCUGUACUGCAUGCUGUAGGCUCUGCCUUUCAUGACCCCAGGCGACAGCCAGGGCCCCACUUCUGAGAGACACUGGCAACACCUCUUAGUUGAUUUCUGUUUUUUUUCUCUUUUCACUUUUUGUUUCUACCAGGGUAGAGGCCAUGUUGAACUGGCCUCUUUUCAGGACUUUUAUUUCCCCCUGGAUGGUUGUUGGGAGGGAGGGAAAGUGUUUUCUGAAUGGCUAUUAUUAGUAUUAGAUCAUUACAACUUAUGUAACUUUCAAAGGUUGUACAAUUAUACAAAGAAAAAAAAAAAGGCAAACUCUAUAGGAUAACACAGAGCCCUUUUUGAAAAUAAAUUGGCGUUGGAGUGUUUUACCCUCUAGCUGUUUUACUUAGAAUGUAACAUAUGUGGCCUAUCCACCU